AUGGAGGAGGAUUUCUGGAGACAAAAAGCUGCCAUAAAGUGGGUGGUCGAGGGGGAGAGGAACACAAAGUUUUUUCAAGGUUGGGUGAAACAAAAGAGAGUUAAGUCAAGAAUCCAUAUAAUUGAGGAUGGAGGGCAGACCUUUACUAAGGAGUUGGAUAUUAGGAAUUCAGCCGAGAGCUUCUUCCGGAGAUUAUUGACUGAAGAUGUGGGCCCUCUGAGAGAUCCAGACCUGGAUAUUCUUGCAUCUCUUCCCCCACAUGUGAAUAUGGAGCUGCUGGAUAAGGCUCCGACAGCAGAGGAGGUUAGGCAGAUCGUUUUUAGCAUCAAUGCAGAGGGGGCGGCUGGUCCGGAUGGGUACUCUGCUUUGUUUUUUCAGGCGUGUUGGAAUAUAGUUGGGGAGGAUGUUGUGGCUGCUGUGUUGGAGUUUUUUAUAGGUGCUCCCAUCCCGAUAGGUAUUGCAGCAACUUUAAUUGUGCUUGUGCCGAAAAAGGAAAAUCCUUCGAGUUGGGCUGAAUAUAGGCCGAUCAGUUUAUGCAACGUGAUGAACAAAAUAAUUUCUAAGCUUUUGGCUGAGGCUGGCGCCUCUUUUACCUUUGCUAAUAGUUCCAAACCAAAGUGGCUUUGUCAGAGGGCGUCUCUUAAGCGACAAUGUGCUAUUGGCAAAGGAGAUGUUUCAUGA